GUAGCAGGCCGUAAGGGUUUUCCUCAUGUCGUCUAUGCUCGCGUGUUUCGAUGGCCAGAUUUGCACAAAAACGAACUUCGACAUCUCAGUAUAUGCGAAUGCGCUUUCGACCUCAAGUGUGAUUCGGUGUGUGUGAAUCCAUACCAUUGUGAGCGUAUCAUGAAUCCUACCCUCAACAACUUAUGCAACUUGGAUUUAACAUCGCUGAAGUUGGAACAGCGCUCACCGUCUGAUGGAAGCGAUGCUGAUGCUGAUCGAAUUGCUGCACUUUAC